CAAUCUGAAAGAGUAUGUGUCAAACUUAUUAAAUACAUCAAGGAUAUCAACAAAAGUAGAUUUUUAAUAAAAUUUAGCUUUAAAUUCUAGAAAAAUUAUUUAAAAAUCACUACGAUGAACACUUAUGAUCGUGGUGGACCAGGUGUGUCUGGAAAUGCUUUUGAUCGAUGGGUCCAACGUACAGAUUUAACAGAAGAUUCAACAAUUACAAAAAUGCAACAUCAAUAUUGGGUCACAAAGCAAGCAUUAUCUAGAAAGCUGGGUAAAAAAGAAGAUGAGUGUAUCGUAGCAUCUGAUGCUGAAUUAGACGCCAAAUUGGAAUUAUUUCGAAGUAUUCAGGAAUCAUGUUCUUAUCUUCAACGAGUUAUUGAUAAAUAUCAAGAACGACUGUGCAAUUUAGCUCAGGAAGAGAAUGCAAUGGGACGUUUUUUAAAGGAAGCUGGGAAACAAGAUAAGACGAGAGCUGGAAAAAUGAUGUCAGCCGUAGGAAAAUCAUUAUCUUAUUCAGGUCAACAACGUUUAACACUACGAGCUCCAUUAGUACGUCUAUAUCAAGAAGUUGAGACUUUUAGACAACGAGCAAUUGAAGAUACCCUUCAAAAUGUUCAAUCUAUGGAAAAAGCUCGCACUGAAUAUCGUGCUGCGUUAUCUUGGAUGAAAAACAUAUCCCAAGAAUUGGACCCUGACACUUCUAAACAGUUAGAGAGAUUUAGAAAAGUUCAGACCCGUGUAAGACGUGGUAAAGCUUCUUUUGACCAUCAAGCUUAUGACUGCUUGCAAAAAGUUGAUCUUUUAGCUGCUGCCAGAUGUAAUAUGUUUAGUCAUGCUCUCGUUCUCUAUCAGAGUACAUUGUUAAAUUUUACAAAAAAGUCUGCCCAAGCUUAUGCUACGAUAGCCAAUAGUUUUAAGGGUUAUCAACGGUAUGACUUUAUGGUUGUGAAAGAACUAGCGGAGACAUCGACAAAGCUUGCCAAAGAAACGGGUGGUGACGAUGAUCUUGAAGAUAAAGAUAAAUUAUUAUUCUUUGAGUCGGACUAUCAAGACAAUAUUGAAGAAGCUCAGGAAGCGAAACCUGAAAAAAAAACUGAUGAAUGUAAUGGCAAAGAAGAAAAGCUGCUAGAUAUUGAGAAUGGCUCUAAAGAUGAAUUCGGAUUUGAAUCUUUAAAUUUAACUUUAAAUCCUAUGUCUCCAGUAAACGAAACUGAAAAAAAAGGUGAAAAUGCUGACAACAUAUUUAAAGAAUCUUUGGCCUUAGACCAUGAUAAAGAACUCGAAGAAUUUUUUGGAAAUUUAACAAGUGAACAUUUUAAAACUGAUGAAAAAAGUAUGAAUGAGCUUGAAAAAAGUCUUGCAGAGUUAGACUUAGCUAUGGACUCAUUUACUACAGGAAAUACAAACUUUGAUUUCGGUGACGCUUCAGUAACGUCCUCUUCUAGUCAAGACCAACCACAACAAUCUAUUCAGUUACUUACUUCUGAGAAUGUUGCAUUAUUAGAUGAUAUACUUAAUAGUGGGCCCAGUGCGAAUAUUGAAUGGGAUUCAAUGACUGGAGACACAUUUUUACCUCCAGGAAUUUUGAAACAAAGUUUAGGUGAUGUUGUCUCAGGGAAAAAACCAUCAAAGGUUCUUAAUAAUGACGAAAAAAAAAAAACAAGCAAAAAAAAAGGAAGUUCAUGGUUGGAUUUAUUCGCGGAUCUGGAUCCUUUAGCAAAUCCUAUGGAGAGCCUAUCAAAAUCAGGAGAUGGGAAUGCACCAGCCUAGUUGACGUAAUUUACUCGAUUCUAUUGGUAUGA